AUGGGAAGAGGAAAAGGAAAUCUUACGGGUUGGAUUGCUCGUGUGUCCGCGGGACAAGUCCUAUUUGAGAUAGAUGGUGUGAGUUUGUCAAAUGCUCGACAAGCCGCUACAUUAGCGGCGCAUAAACCAUGUUCGUCAACCAAGUUUCUUCAGUGGUCGUAA